CACUCACGCUCACAAGACUUUUCCCAACUUCCUUGUUGUUACAUUUGUGGGGGGAAGUUGAAUUGACCAACAGAUCAAAGUUUCCAAUUUCCUUUCAUUAGCAACAUGACCAACUCAACAACUCAUCCUCCGCCGGUUCAUUUGACCGAAUCUCCUACAACCCAUUCGAUUCAAUCCAAUCUUGGCCCUGAGUCUUCCUCGGACUCGUCUAGCUCGGAUAUAAAGCUCGAGCAAAAUGGCUCGACGUCAGGUCUUGGAUCAGUUCGACCGUCUGAAAAUAAUGGCAAUGACUCAAAGAAGAAACGAGUCGGUCCGAAACGAAAGAAGGUCACUCAUGCAUGUGUGUAUUGCCGUAGAUCCCAUAUGACAUGUGAUGACGGUCGACCAUGUCAGCGCUGUAUCAAAAGAAGCAUCGGGCAUCUUUGUCACGACGAACCUAAGCCGUCAGCAGUAGCGGCGGCUGCUCGUAAUGCUGCUGGCAAAGACAAGGAGAACAACCGAAGCACUCAAAAUAACGGUGGUCAGAACAAUAUGAACAUGAUGCCUAAAGCUAUUCUUGACGCUCCUUUCCAGAUGCCUUCGGUACCAUUGGCCUUUGCCAGUGAGGAAAUGGGAAAUGAAUUUAGUGUCAUUAGCGCUUUCCUCGACUCACUCGAUCCCAAAACCGCUAAUUUACUCCAACAGCACCAACAGCAACCACCACAACAUCAAUUGGCAACCGCCAGCGGCGAUGCUAUUACCAAUGGAAGCGCAUUGACCAACAAUCUCACGCCUGGGAACGACCCAACCAAUACAACCGAGCAAUACUUUAUUACAGCUGCCGACCCGCACGACGGUAAAUUGGAAGAUCGACUCAACGAAGUCAUCAAUGCUAAAUACGAAGCUGGUUUCCUUCGUCCCUACAACUACGUGAACGGUUAUGCAAGACUUCAACGCUACAUGGACAAUCACAUGUCACCAAAUAGUCGUCAGCGGAUAUUGAAUGUCAUGGGCACCUUCAGACCGGCAUUUAGACACGUUGCUCAGUCUCUGACUGAUAUUGAUCUUAUUUUAGUCGAGGAAGCGUUUGAACGACUUCUUUUGGACUAUGAUCGUGUAUUCAGUUCCAUGGGCAUACCGGCUUGCUUGUGGCGGAGAACUGGUGAGAUCUACAAAGGAAACAAAGAAUUUGCUGCCCUGGUAGGAGUGCCAAUCGAGCAAUUACGAGAGGGCCAUCUUUGUAUAUAUGAGAUGAUGGCCGAAGACUCUGCCGUCAACUAUUGGGAGAAAUAUGGCAAUAUUGCAUUUGACGCUGGACAAAAGGCUGUUUUGACCUCAUGUCUACUAAAGUCCCCGGAUCCAGAAAAAACAAGCGUCAUUUCAUGCUGCUUUUCAUUCACGAUACGACGCGAUAAAUACAAUAUGUAAGUUCGCUAGCAGUCUCUUGUCAAUCAGUGUCUACCGCUUCCUCACAAUUUUCCUCUCUCCCUACUCUCAUGUUUCAUUAGACCCACGGUAAUCGUUGGCAACUUUUUGCCAGUCCAACUGCAAUGAAGCAUGGCCUCCCGCGCUCUCAACGAAAAACUACGAAAAAUUUCAAUACAAUUCAAUACAAUUCUUUAAUAUAAGCCAAGCAUUUGUUUCCAUCAAUAUAACUUCUGCUGCUCAUAGCAUGUCUGUUCCUAAGCGCGCGCCCAACGCUUGCAAGAAGGAUGUACACUAUCAGCUCCUUUACCCACUGCAACGGUUACUUGAAUAAACUACAAUACUUCUGUUCUCAAUUACACAUAUCUCU